UCUUCGGCGGGGCUGGGGGGGGAGCCGCCCGGCGCCUGCGAGUACAAGACGCUGCUGGUGAGCGGGCUGAGCGCGGCGCUGCCCGAUCAGCUGCUGGAGGAUGGGCUCUUCCGCCUCUUCCAGCGCUUCUCUGGCGGAGGCGCAGGUGACAUCAGUGUCAAGCUGUCCCACACGCCCGAACUCGGCCGCGUCGCCUACGUCAACUUCCGGCACCCGGGAGAUGCCCGCGAUGCCCGCCGCCACGCCCGGGCGCGCCAGCUCUUGCUGUAUGACCGCCCCCUCAAGGUGGAGCCGGUGUACCUGCGCGGCGGCCGCCGGAGCCGCACGCCGCCGCCUGCACCCUCACCAGAGCCCCUCAGCUACCUGCCGCCCAUCCAUGGCACUUACCAGUACAAGCAGCGCUCGCUUUCGCCUGUUGCCAGCCCCUUGUUGAGGGAGCCGAGACCACGGCAUGCCCACGCGGCUGCCGCCGCCUUCGCACUGGAGGCAGCUGCUAUUGGGCUUUCCCGGGAGCGGGAGCGGGCACUAGACUAUUACGGGCUGUAUGAUGAGCGUGGCCGGCCCUACAGUUACCCCAUUGUGGCUGAGGAAGACCUGAUGCCUGAGGACGACCAGAGAGCAACCCGGAACCUGUUUAUUGGCAACUUAGACCACAACGUCUCAGAGGUGGAGCUGAGACGCGCUUUCGAAAAAUACGGCAUUAUUGAAGAAGUGGUGAUCAAGCGCCCAGCCCGGGGCCAAGGUGGAGCCUACGCUUUCCUCAAGUUCCAAAAUUUGGACAUGGCGCAUCGGGCUAAGGUGGCCAUGUCUGGCCGAGUCGUUGGCAGAAACCCCAUCAAAAUUGGUUAUGGGAAAGCCAACCCUACUACGCGGCUGUGGGUGGGGGGUCUUGGUCCAAGCACGUCCCUGGCUGCCCUAGCUAGGGAGUUUGACCGCUUUGGUAGCAUCAGGACUAUUGACUACGUGAAGGGGGAUAGCUUUGCUUACAUUCAGUAUGAAAGCUUGGAUGCUGCUCAGGCUGCCUGUGCGCAAAUGAGGGGCUUCCCUUUGGGAGGACCAGAGAGGAGGCUUAGAGUGGAUUUUGCCAAAGCUGAAGAGACAAGAUACCCCCAGCAGUACCAGCCUGCACCACUCCCAGUGCACUAUGAGCUGCUAGCUGAUGGGUAUAGCAGGCACAGAAGCCUAGAGCAAGACUUAAGGGUGCGAGAUAGGACUCCUCCACAUCUCCUGUACUCAGACAGAGACAGGAGUUUUGCAGAAGCAGAUUGGGCCAGUCCUGCCAAAAAUGCUGAACGCAGAAAUAACCUGGAAAGCUACAGCAGGUCAGUGCGCAGUCGAAGUGGAGAACGAUGGGGCAGCGACAGCGACCGCAACGUGCCCAAGCCGUGGGAUGAGCGGCGGAAACGCCGAAGUCUUUCAAGUGACCGUGGAAGGACUACUCAUUCGCCUUAUGAGGACAGAGGCAGGACAAAGGCUACGAGUGGGCCAGCUUCGGAUCGCAGCCCAGAGAGGGCUCGCAAAGAGAAUCACACUACGGAGUCUGGAACGGAGAAAGAGCAGAGAAACUCCCUUCAGAACAAUCAGCACAUGGCUGAGGAGAAACCCCAUCGUGAAACUUCCGAUCCUCCCCAGUCGAAAAAGAGGGACAGCGAACGCAAUCAUCGAACUGGCGAAUCGGAAUCAAAAAGUCACGAGGAGCCAAAAUCUGAGACCAAAAAAUUAAAGAAUUUAUCGGAAUAUGCUCAGACACUGCAGCUAGCUUGGAAUGGGCUGCUUGUACUAAAGAACAGCUGCUUCCCCACGUCUAUGCACAUCCUGGAGGGAGACCUAGGUGUCAUCAAUGGGCUCCUUAAAGACCAUUCAACUGGUGGGAAGUUAACACAGCUCAAAAUCGCUCAGAGACUUCGGCUUGACCAGCCCAAACUGGAUGAAGUAACUCGCCGCAUUAAACAAGGCAGCCCCAACGGCUAUGCUGUGCUUCUGGCUACCCAAGCCACCCAAGGAGGGGCUGGGGCUGAGGGGACCCUCCCUGUUGUGGAGCCUGGCUUGCAGCGUCGGCUUCUCAGGAAUCUGGUCUCCUACUUGAAACAGAAGCAGGCUGCUGGGGUGAUCAGCCUGCCUGUGGGAGGGGCGAAGGGCAGAGACAGCACAGGCAUGCUUUAUGCUUUCCCUCCUUGUGAAUUCUCUCAGCAGUACCUACAGUCAGCACUAAGGACAUUGGGAAAGUUAGAAGAAGAACAUAUGGUGAUAGUUAUAGUCAAAGACACUGCCUAACCCACGCUGUCUUUUCAAAUUCCAUGUUUUCUUUGUGUGUCACACAGCCCUGUUGUUUUUAAGGCCGAUCAUUUUGGUGGAGGGCCAAGAAACCUCAACCAAAAUUGUAAGAUCUUUAGUUUCUAAUUAAUUUUAAUCCCAUUUAAAUAGAGCCCAUUUUAUUUGUUUUUAAUAACGUGGCACUGUCUUCUGUGUUCUGUAUUUUUAUUUUUUAACUGUAUGAAAUGUCAGUAAAGCCUUGUUCACUGAU